UUUGAAAAAAGAAAUUGAAAGUGUUCAUUUGGUUUCUAUUCAAGAAAAUGAAAGUGUUCUUUUGGUUUCUCUGUUUUCUCCCUAUUGUCUAUGCAGCUGGAACGUAUGAUUAUUUCCAGCUUGUGCAACAAUGGCCUCCGACAUAUUGUAAUGUCAGUGGAGGAUCGACUUGUAGCUCCCCAUUGAAGUUCACAAUACAUGGACUUUGGCCGAGUGACUCCUCCAAAACUCAGGCUCCAAAAUGCACUGGGAGUCCCUUUGAUUCUACCAAGAUCUCAAACUUGAAAUCCAAUUUGAGAAAUGAUUGGCCUGACUUGAAUGGAAAUCAUGAAAGAUUUUGGAGAUAUGAAUGGGAGAAGCACGGUACCUGUUCAGAAACAAAGUAUGAUCAAUUACAAUAUUUCAGAACUGCACUGACAUUGAAGAAAAAAAUUGAUAUUUUAGAUACUCUAGUGAAAGCAAAUAUAAAACCAGAUACGGUCGCACGCUACGAAAGCAGUAAAAUCACAGCAGCCAUUCAACAGAAAACAGGUUUUACACCACGCCUAUGGUGCAAGAAUGGAAAACUUCUCGAAAUUAGCUUUUGUGUUAAUACUAGUUUGGCAGACAUGCACUGUCCAUCAGUGUUACUGAACUAUCAGCUCAAUGUAUGCCAGGGCAAGGUGCAAUUUCCUGAUAAGGUUGCGUAAGAAAAUUAACGAGAAGGAUGAACUCUCUGUGAGAAAGAAUGAACUCUAGCGUGGAAGUUUCUUAUGUCCUAUCUGAAUUAAGUUAAGUGUAAUAAAGUUCUAGUAACGAAUAUAAACUACACCAGCGGUAGUUUUGAGUUGUUAUAUAUAUAUAUAUAUAUAUAUAUAUAUGUAUCUGUCCAAUUCCACGUUCUCUUUCUUAUGUAAAUCUUGCGUCCAGCCAUCUACAGAAGCUGUAUCUGGAUCUUAUAUCUGAAGUUCGGAACUAAAUAAAGAGUAAUAAAGUUCUCCUAAUUAAGGUGCUCAAUCUCUAGAAUUUAGAGAUGUAUGAGUAUCUUGUUAAUUAUUUCA